AUGCAGAACUACGAAAGCAGUGUGGCCUUCCUGGGGACGUGGGGCCGAUUCCAGCUGAUGGUUUUCUUCCUGCUCUGCUCAACCAUCCUGCCCAAUGGAAUGGGCGCCUUCUCACUGGUGUUUAUUACUGACACGCCAAUUCACCGGUGCCAAAUUCCUGAGGCCAACCUCAGUCAGGAGUGGCAGCAGGCUGCAGCCCCUCAGGAGAUAUUGGACGGGGAGACGCUUCCAAGCCGUUGCCGCCGCGACCAGCUUGACUUACUCCGUAACCUCUCAGCUAGCGGGCUGCUGCCUGGCCGUGACGUCAACCUGAGCAGUUUGCCUCAGGAGGAUUGCGUCGACGGGUGGGUCUAUGGCACAGAGAUCUACCAGUCCACUGUGGUCUCACAGUAUGACUUGGUGUGCGACCAGCGUUGGAAACAGCCCUUCACCUCCACCAUUUUCUUCCUGGGGGUCCUGGUGGGGUCUUUCUUCUCAGGAAUGCUUUCUGACAGAUUCGGUCGCAAACCAGUGAUGUUCGGUACCAUAAUUGUUCAGGCUGUGUUCACGGGGCUACAAAUUGUCGCGCCUAACUGGGAAGUGUUUUGCUUUCUUCUCUUCUGCAACGGCAUGGGAAGUACAUCCAACUAUAUAACCUGUUUUGUGCUAGGAACAGAAAUCCUCACAGGCAAUGCUCGGGUGGCUUACUCGUCAACGGGCGUGUGUCUGGGCUUUGCUUUUGGCUACAUGAUGCUGCCGCUUUUUGCCUACUUCCUCCGGAGCUGGACCGCUCUGCUGCUGGCCAUCGGGCUGCCCGGUCUCUUGUUUGUCCCCUUGUGGUGGUUUGUUCCAGAGUCUCCUAUGUGGCUGCUGUCCCAGGGCCGAGUGGCGGAGGCCGAGGUCAUCGUAAGAAAAGCCGCCCAGAUGAACCGUGUGGUGGCACCUGAGAUCAUCUUUGGCGAUUCCAAGUGGCAUGCAGAUGACAAGCGGCUGGUAGACCGCUACACUAUUUUGGACCUGAUGAGGAAAAGAAGAAUUGCUAUGAUGACCAUCCUUUUAUGCUGGGUGUGGUUCACACUCAGCAUCUCCUACUAUGGGCUGUCACUGAACACAUCACAGCUUCACUCCGACCCAUACAUCAGCUGCUUCCUGUCUGCUGUGGUGGAGGUGCCGGCAUACUUGAGCUGCAGCCUGGUCAUCCGUUACGUGCCACGACGCCUCGCCAUGUCGGCCGUUUACCUCACUGUGGGCCUGGCGCUGUUUUUCAUCCAGCUUGUGCCUCAGAGUGUCUUGGGUUUUGCCGUUGCCUUAGAAAUGUUCGGUAAGUUCAGCGUCACGGCCGGGACAUCGAUACUGUACGCCUACACGGCUGAGCUGUACCCAACAAGCCUGAGAAACACAGCGUCCGGCGUCUGCCUCACGGUGUCACGAACGGGAAGCUGCAUUGCGCCCUUUCUAAUACAGCUGAACAUCUACUUCAAAUAUCUCCCUUAUAUCACCUUGGGCACUCUGGCCUUGGUGUCCAUCCUAGCAACGCUCCUGUUGCCGGAGAGUUUCGGGCAACUGCUUCCUGAGACCUUGGAGCAGAUGCAAAAGAGGCAAAGGUAG